AUGUCUGGCUGGAAACAUGCGUUCAAUGUCUCCAAGGAGGACCUCAAGAAGGCAACGCCUCCUGGGACUGUCGUUGUCACACCUGACGACGUGAGCAUCGGAGAAGUUGUCGAGGCCACUGGCAAUCUUCAUCGAUUUCCCAUUCCAUCGGCGGAUCCAGCCGACCCGCUGAACUGGCCCAACUGGCGUAAACAUGCUUUGCUGGUCGUUGCAGCGAUUUACUCGUUCGUGGCGAAUUUCGCCUCGUCGAGCGUUGCCCCUGCCCUCCAGCUGUGGCCCAUGUUCUUCCCAAUGGACCAGCGUCCAUUCACCGAGCUGACCAGACUGGUCGCCGUAAAUGUUUUGAUGAUUGGUGCCGCCAACAUCUGGUGGGUGCCGCUCUCCAACAUUCUCGGACGACGACCGGUUCUUCUGGCAGCCAUGCUCAUCUUGGUACUUACUACCCUGUGGUGUGGCCUUGCAACAAGCUACGAUUCGCUUCUUACUGCCCGAGUUCUUCAAGGUAUCGGAUCUGCUGCCGCUGACACAGUGGCACCAGCGCUCGUCGGUGAUGUCUACUUCAUGGAUGAGCGUGGUCGUGCAAUGGCCGUCUACACCAUCUUCCUCGCUACUGGUUCUAUCGUUGGUGGUUUGGCUGGUGGAAACAUCGCCGCCACGCUAGGCUGGGCAUACAUCUUUUGGAUCGUCCUGGCACUGGCUGCCGCCUGUUUAAUUGCAACGUUCUUCCUCGUCCCGGAGACCCUUUAUCACAGAAAGGCGACGACCCUGCAGCCUGCAGAUUUGACACCGCAGGGCUCUUCCAAGGGCGUGACGUUGCAAGAGGAGAGUGCGUACCCACCUUAUACGUACGGCAAGUCACUGGGAUUCCGCAAGCCAUCAGGUGGUGUUGUCCACCACUUCAUCAAGCCUUGGCGAUCCCUCGCGCUUCCCGGAACCUGGGUUGUGACGCUCCAGUACGGCGGUCUCGUCGGUGGUAUUGUCACCAUCUCCACGAUUGGUCCGCAGCUGGUUGCUAUGCUGCCAUACCUCUGGGGAAACAACGCCGGUUUGAUCAAUGUUGGUGGCUUGAUCGGCACAAUCAUCGGUUACAUCUACACAUAUGUUGUAUCAGAUGCACGUCUCAAGAGUUCAGCCAAGCACCACCAUUACGUUGAGGCCGAGGCUAGAUUGCCUACCAUGUUCCCGGCUCUGUUCAUCGCGACCGCUGGAUUUUUGGUCUUUGGCUUCUGCGCUCAGAACCCUGGCCCGAAUGUCUGGGUUGGACUCGAGUUUGGCUACGGCAUGAUUACAUUUGGACUGAUGCAGGCUCCUUCGAUCGGAUUCAACUAUUUGAUUGAUGCGUACUCGUACUUGGCCGCCGAUUGCUUCGUCAUUGCUGCAAUUCUGCGUGCUGUUGUCGGAUUCGCCUGGUCCAUCUUUGUCGCGGACUGGAUUCAGAAGGACGGCGCUGCUGAGCCUUUUGGCAUCUUUGGCAUGUUGAUGGGAGUCUUUUCGCUGCUUGCUGUGCCACUGUGGCUCUGGGGCAAGCGUCUGCGCAUUGCCACUGCAAGCACCUUCUCCAAGGAGCGUGUGUAUGAGCAGAGCCACAUGUAA